UCAGAGAAAGCGAGGGCCAGUCAGUGAUCCAGAAACCACUGCACCAUGAACAUUUCUGCUCUGAUUCCCACUGUUUACCCAGGCAACUUGCCUGGGUUCCUGCAAGUGGCCUUUUUCCUCAGCCUGCUUCUGCUGGUGUUCAAGGCAGCACAGCUCUACCUGCACAGACAGUGGCUGCUCAAGGCUCUCCAGGAGUUCCCAUCACCGCCCUCCCACUGGUUUUAUGGGCAUAAGAUUCAUCGGGACCAGGAGCUGCAAGAUCUUCUGACACGGGUAAAGAAAUUCCCAAGGGCCUGCCCACGAUGGUUCUGGGGCAGUAGAGCUCACUUUGUCACGUAUGAUCCUGACUACAUGAAGUUGAUUCUGGGGAGAUCAGACCCCAAAAGUCAUGAUACUUACAGAUUACUAGCUCCCUGGAUUGGGUACGGUUUACUACUGUUGAAUGGCCAGACGUGGUUCCAGCACCGGCGGAUGUUGACCCCAGCCUUUCACUAUGACAUCCUGAAGCCUUAUGUGAGAAUCAUGGCAGACUCUGUCUGUGUGAUGCUGGACAAAUGGGAACAGAUGAUUAGCCAGAACUCUACACUGGAGAUCUUUCAACCCAUCUCCUUGAUGACCUUGGACACCAUCAUGAAGUGUGCCUUCAGCUAUAGGGGAAAUGUCCAGCUGGGUGGGAAAGUUCAACCCUAUAUCCAGGCUAUCAUGGAUAUGAACAACCUCCUUUUUUCUCGUCUGAGGAAUGCCUUUCACCAGAAUGACAUUAUCUACAGUCUGACUUAUGAUGGCCACUGGACCAACCGUGCUUGUCAGAUUGCCCACGAGCACACAGACCAAGUAAUCAAAUGCAGAAGGGCUCAGCUGCAGGAUGAGGGAGAGCUGGAGAAGAUUAAAAGGAAAAGACGAUUGGAUUUCUUGGACAUCCUCCUGUUUGCUAAAAUGGAGAAUGGGAGCAGCUUAUCUGACAAGGACCUGCGUGCUGAGGUGGACACCUUCAUGUUUGAGGGUCAUGACACCACAGCCAGUGGGGUCUCCUGGACCCUCCAUGCUCUGGCCACUCACCCUGAGCACCAGCAGAGAUGCAGGGAGGAAGUCCAGGGCCUCCUUGGAGAUGGAACCCCCAUCAGCUGGGACCUCCUGGACCAGAUGCCAUAUACUACCAUGUGCAUUAAGGAGGCCCUGAGGCUCUACCCCCCAGUACCAGCUGUGAGUAGAAUGCUCAACACACCUGUCACGUUCCCUGAUGGACGCUCCCUACCUAAAGGUGUUACAGUCCAGCUCUCCUUCUAUGGUCUUCAUCACAACCCGAAGGUGUGGCCAAACCCAGAGGUGUUUGAUCCUUCCCGGUUUGCACCAGAGCGUACCCAACACAGUCACUCUUUCUUACCCUUCUCAGGAGGACCAAGGAACUGCAUUGGGAAACAGUUUGCCAUGAGUGAACUGAAGGUGAGCGUGGCCCUGACUCUGCUUCGUUUUGAGCUGCUGCCAGAUCCCACCAGGAUCCCUGUCCUCAUGCCACGCAUUGUGUUAAAGUCCAUGAAUGGGAUUUACCUGCAUUUAAGGAAGCUUCCAUAAUGGCUUAAUGUCUGCCACCUCGUCUUCCUUUCACCUGAUUUUGUUCCCAGCCCUUUGGCCCAUAAGCUGUUUUCUCUGCCCAACCAUGUAUCUUCUCACCUGCCACCUGCUGUGCUUCCUGUUUCCUGCUGUGUUUAACCUUUUGUUUUCUCAAUUUCUUCCAAGUUCCCUUAUAUUUUUUGCCUACCUGUCUCCUAAGUGACUGUAUUUCUAAUCUUCUACCUACCCCUUUAUAAUCUGAUUUCCCCACCCUGCAUUCCUUCUAUAGAUAUUCUAUCUUGUUUCUUGUCCAUCCUUUUAUGAUCUAUUUAUGCUAGCACUAAUUCGAACAAUCAGAAUGACCCUAAGGCACAGAUCCAUUUGCGCUUGUGGUUCUACAUGUCACAGAUCUGAUGUGAGUUUUACUGAGAAACAAUCAGGGCAAGUGUAGUUUCGUGCUACCCCCCAUGCCGCCACCGUGCUCUUCUUCUUUAUUGUUUCCAAAAUUUGGAGCUGCAUUUUCAUGCUUCAAAAUCUCUCUUCAAUAUUAAAACAUGAAAGCAUCUUUAAAUAUGUCUGCUUCGGUUUUUACAUCACCUCUUCAUUUUAAUAAUGCUUAUGAUUAUUUUUGCCGACUACUAUAACUCAGGGACCAUUCAUAGUUCUACCAGAGUUUGGACAUGUAAAUCUUAGGGAGCCUCUUGUCAACCGGCCUAGCACAGUCCCUCUCUGACAGUCGCACCAGCUACUCAUCUGAAGCUCUCCCGCAUGGUCUCUGUCUACAUGAUUGUCUCAUGUCUACAAUAAAGGUCACAAUGUGG